GUGUUAUCUCGAUAUUUCAUUUCGGGUACACCAAGUUGAGUCAACUGAACGUACUCAAAAUAAUGUUACAUUAUGCCUAUUCAUUUUAACCUGAAUAUAUUAUGAUUGCAGUAGAUGCUGGCAGUAGAAACCCCGGAAUAUUCUUUUUUUAUAUUUCUUCUCUUUAUUUAUUAUUUAAAGGGACUUUAACACAGAUGUGUGUGCCAGACACAUCCUACCAGAAAUAUUAAUUCUUGGUUCUAAGAAAUUUAAUUACCAAUUACUACCAAAAUUAUACUAAUUGGUAAAAACCAGAAAGGUUUUCUUUCCUCCAUUCAAUACUUACAAAAUCCUAAUGAUUAUAAUCAACGAACAUUACAAUGACUAUUCAAGUGAACUCAGUUUUUAUACAACCUUUUUUAGAAACGAUUCCAUGAAUCAAAUUGCGUACAUACAUUCGCGAAUAACUCAGAAACUCUAACCAUCCGUAAUGAACGGACAUAUUCUAUUGGAAAACAUAUAAAUUGUUUAUUAUUUUAGUUUUGUGCCAGUGUGAACGUCGGCCAUUGAAACAUUGUGUGCGUCGAUUAAGUUUCAGACAAUGUGAUGUGAAUUUGAAAUUGGAAAAUGUCAUUAUCUUUAGUGUCUGUGCUUUUUGGAUUUACUUUUGUUCUGCCCACUAUUUUAGGAAUUCAUAUUUCGAAUCUGAACGGGUCAUGCAUCCGGUGCCUGUGUCACGUGACGGGAUGUGACAUGUCGCGGGGCUGCAGCGACGGCUACUGCGGACCUUUCUUUAUAUCUAGGGUGUACUGGGUGGAUGCUGAUAAGCCUACCUUGCCUGAUGACGAUCCCAAUAGGAAAGAAGCUUUCGAAGACUGCGCCAGAGAAUUUCAUUGCUCUAUGAAAAUUAUUGAAAGCUAUCUCGCGAAGUUUGGGAAGGACUGCAACGGUGACGGCGUGACAGACUGUUUCGACUACAUGAUGAUCAACUACCACGGCGGGCGCGCCUGCUCCAAGCCGCUGUUCCUCUCGCAAGCCGGGAGGCGCUGGCUGGCAGCUUAUAGGCAGUGUCGGUUUCCCUGACUAAAGCGUAUUAAACCCGAGAUAUAGAGGAAGGUACUAGACAUUUUGACGUAUUCCGUGAACAUACCUAUGGGCCAUGCUGCCUAAAAAUAAAAUUAUAAAUCCAAAAUGAAAAUAGAAACGUACCGGACGAAUUGAGUAUCAACUCAAUUUCGAAAUCAUUAGUUAAAAAAUCCUUACCCUGCAUUCAUUUUAAAUUUUUGGAUAUUCAAAAUUCGAGAAGGACCUACUUAUUGACGGUUUUCUUCCAUACAAUUAUCAAUUAUUCACCGACCUGGUCGAACUCUUGAUUUCAAAUAAACGUUGAUUUCUAAGACACCCUGUAUCUCGGCAAAAGCUUUUGUAACAUAUUUCUCUGUUUGUCCCUUACCUGUCCUGUAUCCUUGGAUAUUUAAUCACGAUUUACAGACACGUAUUCAUCGGGAUAGCCCGAAUAGUUUCGGACCGUAGUCAUCAUGAACUUGACUCGACUUGCGACCACGCAACUAGUCGGGCUUUCCUGUUACCGUUAUUAAAUUAAUCAUUUGGAAUAUUCCUCUUUAAAGUUAUAAUAAUACUAUAUAUUACGAUCUAGCCAUCUCGCGUCCAUCAAUACGACAAAUGGUUGAUCUACCCAUGUAAGAACUCUUUAAAGACAAAUUGUAAACCGCUUAGACUGAAUUCAAGCUCUUUCUAUUCGGUAUACUGCAAUAUUUCUUAUUGUGUUUGUUUUCACUAAUAAAAUAGCAUUAAGUUAAGAGGUACGUUGUUACCUCUUAAUACGAAGUUGAAUUACUUAAUAACAAAACAUUUAAUAAAAAUAAAAUAUUUAUUUGUAAAUACAUAACA